UGUGUAAAUGUCGCUCUCUAUGUUCAGAUUUAGUUACUAAUAUCUUUAGAAUUACUAUCUAGCACAUAGUGAGGUCUUCAUUUAUCAUUUUUAGCUUAGAUCAUGCCUCAAAGCUCCAUCCAAAUGUAGGGUACAUUUCAUAACGUAAUCCAGUAGAACUUUUAAAAAAAAUUACAAAAAUCGUGGGAUUCAAUAUCAAUCUGAAAAUAUGCUAUCUUCCAAAAAGAUUUUGACAUAUUCUAGAUAUGUAAUACAUAGGGCUAGAUAUAAGCACAAGUAUCAAGUGACAUUGGAUCCUGGUGUUGAAAAAGAAUUAGAAAGUGGUAAACUUAAGCACAAGCUGCAUCCUGGGAUAGUACCGAAUAAAGUCAGAGCUCUACCCGCAAGACUCCAGUAUGCAAUAGAGAAACUCUUAUCAGAUUAUCCAGUGAAGAAUCUCAGUAUAAAAUCUGAUGCAUUGGCCAAAUACUUGACUAGUCGGCAACUGGCAGUGGAGGAUCAUGUUAUCCAGAGCAAGGGGAUUAGUAUAGAACAGGAUAUACUGAAAAAGGAAAUGGAAAAAAUGGUGAAGAAGCAUGGAAAUGAAUUAACUGAUGAAGUCUUGGAAGGAAUGAAUAAACGAGUUAAGGCAGCAUCGUUAAAAACUCUAAAAACACGUGUAUAUAAUUGGAAGCCUAUGGAGUAUUCUGCUUUUGACACCAUCUGUUACCUGUUAGGAUGUGGCGUACAACAAUACCAUGUCUUGAGACACAUAUUCACCCAGAUCUCCCAGCGUGAUCCUGACUUUAACCCAAAUAGAUUGUUUGAUUUUGGUUCUGGUGUUGGGACAGCUACAUGGGCAGCCAAUCAGGUUUGGCGUAAAUCUCUUGUUGAACAUUAUUGUGUGGACAAAUCGUCAGACAUGAACACGCUAGCAAAACUCCUCCUACUGGGCGGGGAUGAGAACAAUGAACAAAUGGCGUUUAAGGGUGUCUUUUUUAAAGAGUUUUUCCGUCCUGAAUCAAACACGAGACAAUAUGAUGUUGUAGUCAGCGCCUAUUCACUUAUGGAGUUGAAACAUACUAAAGAUAGACUUGAGGUUGUGGAGUCACUGUGGAAGAGAACUAAUGGUUAUUUGGUCCUGGUAGAGUAUGGAAGCAAUGCUGGUUUCCAGUGUAUACAUGAGGCCAGGGAUCACAUACUACAGUUGAAUGCUCAGCAGUCCUUGGUUGAGGGUGCCGACUUUGAAGGAGGCCAUGUAUUUGCACCAUGCCCUCAUGAGCUGCCGUGUCCAAGGUUUACUCAAGAAAAGAAGACACCAUGCAACUUCCCUAUUAGAUACAAGAAACUAACAAAUACCCAAAACUUGAAUGAUGGCAAUGUUAAAACUGAUGUAUACUCAUACCUGGUGAUGAAACGUGGGCCUAGAACAGAUCCUUCAUUAUCCUGGCCAAGGGUAGUGCGUGAGGGUGUCAAUCCGAAACACUGCUCAUAUUGUCGUGUGUGUACCAGUACAGGGACGCUUGAUGAAGCAAUAAUAAGCAAGGGGAAAAGUGGAAAGCAUCUGUAUAAAGUGGCCAAAUACACUGCAUGGGGGGACAGAUUACCUGUGAAAGACACUCCACAAAGUGAAAAAGACAAUCUCCAUCCUAUGGAUACAGACUCUGAAACCCUCAAAAAUGUUGUGGCUGAUGACCUCAAUCAUACAGAUGGUAACCAAAGGUUGAAGGACACAGAUUCUCUCAGUCAUGCUACCAGAACCAAUACAACAACCAAACAGGACUUUGAAAAAUCAAACAAUAAUCCUCCUAAAGAUGAUGAUAAACAAACUGAACUUUCACAAACAUCUAACACUACAGAAUGUAUAGAUUCACAUGUGGAUGAGUCCGUGACAAGGUACUUUAACAGCACUUAA